UUUUAUAAACAAUAACUGAGGAAAAAAUUUCAAUCAAAAAUGCAAAAUGUUCAAAGUUGACAACGUUCGAUUGAUGAACGCGACAUUCUUAAAUAACAGUUCAUUAAUGCAGAACGCAAUCGAAGACAAAAUAACCAUCCGUUGCAGUUAGUUACAGAUUCCAUGGCUUCCGCUUCCACAGCUUACUCUAUCUAUCUAUUUCUAUCACUUCUUCUCUUUUCUUCUCCUUCGAUUUCACUCUCAAACCAGUUCUGUGAAGUUAGGAGUGGAUAUGAUGAAGCUGGUUGUGGGAUUCCGUCAUCAUCUUUAUCAUCGAAGAUUUUGAUUAAGGGUGGAACCGUUGUAAAUGCUCACCAACAAGAGGUUGCUGAUGUUUUUGUGGAGGAUGGGAUCAUUGUUGUUGUGAAGCCCAAUAUCAAGGUUGGUGAUGAUGUUUAUGUGAUUGAUGCCUCUGGAAAGUUUGUCAUGCCCGGAGGAAUUGACCCUCACACACAUCUGGCUAUGGAGUUCAUGAGCACUGAGACUAUUGAUGACUUCUUUAGUGGUCAGGCUGCAGCUUUAGCAGGUGGAACAACCAUGCAUAUUGACUUCGUUAUACCCUUGAAUGGCAGUUUAGUGGCAGGUUUUGAAGCUUAUAAAAAGAAGGCAAAGAAGUCUUGCAUGGAUUAUGGUUUCCACAUGGCAGUCACCAAAUGGGAUGAAGUUGUUUCAAGGGAAAUGGAAAUUAUGGUGAAGGAAAAUGGUAUCAACUCUUUCAAGUUUUUCAUGGCAUACAAGGGGUCCCUUAUGAUCAAUGAUGAUCUUCUAUUAGAAGGACUUAAGCAGUGCAAAUCUCUUGGUGCCUUAGCUAUGGUUCAUGCAGAAAAUGGAGAUGCUGUAUUUGAAGGGCAAAAACGAAUGAUAGAAUUGGGUAUUACUGGUCCAGAGGGGCAUGCUCUUUCAAGACCUCCAGUGCUGGAAGGUGAGGCAACUGCUCGUGCAAUUCGUUUAGCAAGUUUUAUAAAUACUCCACUCUAUGUAGUUCAUGUGAUGAGCAUCGAUGCAAUGGAGGAGAUAGCUAGGGCUCGAAAGUCAGGACAGAGGGUUAUUGGAGAGCCUGUGGUUUCUGGUCUAGUUCUUGAUGACUCUAAGCUUUGGGAUCCAGACUUCACAACAGCAUCAAAGUACGUCAUGAGUCCCCCCAUUAGGCCAUCAGGACAUGACAAGGCCCUACAAGCUGCUCUUUCAACUGGAGUUCUGCAGCUUGUAGGAACUGAUCAUUGCGUAUUUAAUUCUACACAGAAAGCCUUUGGGAUUGAUGAUUUCAGGAAAAUCCCAAAUGGGGUAAAUGGUAUUGAGGAGAGGAUGCAUCUGCUUUGGGAUACAAUGGUGGAAUCUGGCCAAAUUUCUGUCACUGAUUUUGUCCGGGUAACGAGCACUGAAUGUGCUAGGAUCUUCAAUAUAUAUCCAAGAAAAGGAGCAAUUCUUGCUGGAUCAGAUGCAGAUAUAAUUAUACUCAACCCAAACUCAAGCUUUGAAAUUAGUGCAAGGUCCCAUCACUCCCGAACAGAUACAAAUGUCUAUGAGGGUAGGAGAGGGAAGGGAAAGGUUGAAGUGACAAUUUCUGGAGGACGAGUUGUUUGGGAAAAUGAUGAACUGAAGGUUUCGCCUGGUUCCGGUAAGUACAUAGAAAUGCGCCCUUUCAGUUACCUCUUCAGCGGAAUUGACAAGGCAGAUGCUUCAUACAUUUCUUCCCUGAAUGCCCCAGUAAAUCGUUUUAAAUCUUCAACUUAAGCUGCAGAUUCAUAGGUAAACUAUACAUGACACUGAGACUCGUUGGAGAAAUAAUUCUUCCAAUGUUGUGAUCCCUCCUUGUAAAAAAUUAUGGAUGUUAACCGAUAAAACUCUGGUUUAGCCAGUUUUAAGAUUUCCUGUUUUUCCUCUUCCAAUAUUGGGCAGAUGCAAAUCAGAUUAUUGUACUAUGUAGAAACUGGAUAUGUAUAUAUAAAUAAAACGUAACAGAACAAAAUGUUACAGAAGUUCCCAAA